AAGAAUAAGAUCUGGAAUCGCAUCGAGCGGGAGAUGAACGGCGCCGGCUAUAAGUGGAACGCCGUGUCCCUCAGGGCGCUGUUCCAUAGGCUCCGGUACACGUAUCUCAAUAUUUUGAGUACUGUGCCCAACGAGGACGAGGCGAGGGCUCAGUGGCCUUACUUCCGGUACUUGCAUGGCAUGGAUCUGACGGCCUUCAGCCACAAGAAGCACAUACAGGACGACAGCGCCGGCACCCCAUCAGCCGCUCCCAUAGCGACCAAUACGGGCCCCAAACGACGUCCGGGUCGACCCCGAAAACAGCCGGUGCUCACCGCCAUUGCCAACGACACCGACAGCCAGUAUUCGAGCGCCGGUACCGCUAAUGUGGACGACGUUGAUGGACAGGGAUUACGUGGCGUUACUUAA